AUGACUCCAAACACCCGAGGGCCAUUUGGCGCAUCUUCUGACGUCUGCGCUGUCAGUCUCACCGUGCACCGCCAUGACGUCAUGUCGUCGCGACUAGCCCCGCCCACAGCCUCACGACACGUGCGCGCCAUGGCGCUGCCCACGUCCGCCCCUAAACCAUUAGUCGACCGCCGGGGCUUCUGGACGGAGGGGCAGUGGCCUGAACGUGUGGGUCUGCUGUGCGUCCUCCGCCCUCCACGCAAUUACCAGAUCUGGCUGGGUCGCCACAGCCUGUUUGAGGAUGAAGACACAGUCCAGUACUUCUGGGUCACUCACAGCUUCCCACACCCUGACUUCAACCUGAGCCUCCUGGAGAACCACACCCGCCUUCCAGGAGAGGACUACAGCCACGACCUCAUGCUGCUCCGCCUGGCUCUGUCCGCCCAGAUAACAGACGCCGUGAAGGUCCUGGCCCUGCCCACCCAGGAACCCGUCCUGGGGAGCACCUGCUAUGCCUCCGGCUGGGGCUGCAUCGAACCAGAUAAGUUGAUGUACCCAGAUGAACUCCAGUGUGUGGACCUCAGACUUCUGUCCAAUGAUAUGUGUGCCGAAACCUUCUCCAAGACGGUGACUGAGUCCAUGUCAUGUGCUGGGCACUUGGAGGUUGGCAAGGAAACCUGCUUGACUCGUCCUCUCUGUCCAUCAAGAGUCAUGGGAAGUCUCCCAGUCCACCGAGUCCUCAGGAGCGGUUGUGUUUUAACUUCUCUACGUGUGGGUAUCACGUCGAUGUGCUUAUUGAAUUGUGGUUUUCUUACAUCGUGGUUGGGAACGUGACUGUGUGACACCAAAACCUUUUCAUGAUACGUAACUGUGCUGAAAUCUCACACUUUUAAUGGGUGAAUCUGUCCAUUUCUCCCUGUAGUCCUACCAAUUUUUAUACUAAGUAUUAUGAAGCUAUUUUAUUAGAAAUAUUCAGGUUUAGAAUCAUUAUAUUUGUUAUAAAGAACUUUUUAUUAUUUUGUAGCAACCCACUCUGUCUAAUAAUGAUUUUAGUAUUGAUACCUCUCUUGAAGGAUAUUAGUAAUGCUGUACUACUUUUCUUGGGGGUAAUAUUUCUUGGUAAAUCUCUUCAUCUUU